AUGGCAGAUGGUAGGGAUCCAUCUGACCAACAAAUGGCUGCUGGCCACUUACCGUUGCCAACUUCAGCUGGUCCAGAUACGACCAACAGAGUCUCUCAGGAAAGUGAUGGAUCAGAUUUAGAGGAAUAUCUAAAAGGAGCUACACGACUCAGACAGGAGAAAUGACCCCCUGGACACUGACCUACAGUCAGUUGGGAGUGCCUGAGUACCAACGUCUAAACCUAGUGGUAAACAUGACUCAAGGCCCUCCAGUGAUACUUCCCUAUCAAGUCCUGGCCAACUGGUUUGUACCUUAUGGCACUCCGCACAUGCCCUUUAUUCCGCAGCUGCUGUAUAUACCACAGCCUGCAUGAACAAAUCAGUGCUGAACACUUUUGUAGUCACAUCUAAUUGUUUUAAGCCAACUUGUUGCUUGCCCUCAGUAAUCAAAGGCCUUCACAAACUCAGUGUCACAUUUGAACUGUAGUAAUUAGCUAGUUUAUGCAUAAAAUACAACAUUGCGGAUGUUUGAGCCGCUCAAACAAGACUUGAGUUUCAAACAUAAGGACUGACACUCCCCAACCAGUUUUUGUUUACUUUUUGGUCUUUAAUGUUGUAAUGUCGGGACGAGAUUUCCAUCUAGUGGGGAGUGUGUAGCAUGUAAGACAAGAGAGACUGGGCCCAACCCUGGAAUACACAUUAUAGGAUCAGAAGAUCCCAUGCGCUUUUAAAAAAACAAUCGGAAGUCCGUCCUAGUUUACUAGAAAACAUGUUACUUUAGUUUUUGUGUGAGAUUGAGCAGAGUGCAACAGACGCAUCUUGCCAUCAAUAACAGUGGACAAGGUGGAGUUGUUCCUAAUAUGGCUGUAGCUGAGUUCAUGGUUGCCAUGUUUCACCCAAGUACAGAAGAGGAACAGGCCCAUUACAGGAUACUAGUAGGUAACCACAAGACAGCUGACCAGUGCAGGUCUGCGCUUAUGUAGGCAUAUGAUAAUGUGCACAAAAUAAUGGACAUAUACCUAUGAACUGUAUAAAGCAAGUUCACAUAACAUACCCCACAGGUUGAGCAGCUAUUCGUUUUAAGCAACAGGAUACCCCUAACAUCUUCACAGGUGUCAACAUCUGUAUGGCAAACAUUCCAGAGAGAGGAAAUUGUGACAGAAGAAAGAAUAUCUGCCACAAUCAUACGGAAGUCCCUUGCAACUGGCAUGCAUAUCCACAUGCCAGAUGAAAAGGAUCAUCUCACUGCCCUAGUCCGGCUAAAGACCUAG